AUGCAUAUAGGACAGUGGACUUUAGUAAGAGUGUUUUCAACAGAUUUCCAAGCGUCGCUCGUGUCAGCUCGUGUCGUAUUGAAAAAUAUCAGUUGGUUCACCGAGGAUCUGAAGUUCCAUUUUGGUCGUUUUGGGAAGGUGGAACACGUCAAAUUGUUAUAUGAUUGGGAAACAGGUCUGCAUAGGGGUUUUGCAUUUGUUGUUUUUGAGAGCACGGACGACGCAAUAAAGGCUGUACAGCAACGAAAUCAUUAUAUUAACAGACGGCAGGUAAUUGCAAAGAUUGCAGUAUCUAGUUCUAGGAAACAACAAAAAUAG